AUGCUUGCCUUACGUAAGACUCGAUUCUGUCGAAAGAACCCUGACAUGAUGGACAGUGUGCGGUAUGGAGCUCAAAACGCAUAUGCUGAAUGCCAGUACCAGUUCAAUAAAAGAAGGUGGAAUUGUACCCUCAUUGAUCCCGUCACUUUGGAAUUGAUUAGCGAUGUGAUUAUGCGGGAAGGUACCAGAGAAUCCGCCUUUGUACAUGCUGUUUCCGCUGCUGGGAGUAACGCGCGACUGUGCCCGAGGGCUGAACGAACGAUGCGGCUGCGAUCAAUCAAUGCUCUCAUUGGAUCCACAGGUGCGAUACACUGGAAAACUGCGUUGGCAUCCACGGAAGACUUUGUGCGUAGCUACGAUUAUCAGGGAUGCUCCGAUAAUGUCCAGUACGGAAUAGCCAUAUCGCGAGAGUUUGUCGAUGCUGCAGAGCGAGGGAAGAACGCAUCAAAUCGAGCCAUUUUGAAUCUGCAUAACAAUAGAGCUGGCAGACAAGUGGGUUACGCAUUCUGUCGAAAGAACCCUGACAUGAUGGACAGUGUGCGGUAUGGAGCUCAAAACGCAUAUGCUGAAUGCCAGUACCAGUUCAAUAAAAGAAGGUGGAAUUGUACCCUCAUUGAUCCCGUCACUUUGGAAUUGAUUAGCGAUGUGAUUAUGCGGGAAGGUACCAGAGAAUCCGCCUUUGUACAUGCUGUUUCCGCUGCUGGGGUGGCCUACAGAGUAACGCGCGACUGUGCCCGAGGGCUGAACGAACGAUGCGGCUGCGAUCAAUCAAUGCUCUCAUUGGAUCCACAGGGAUGCUCCGAUAAUGUCCAAUAUGGAAUAGCCAUAUCGCGAGAGUUUGUCGAUGCUGCAGAGCGAGGGAAAAACGCGUCUAAUCGAGCCAUUUUGAAUCUGCACAACAAUAGAGCUGGCAGACAAGUGGGUUACACAUUUCUUUUGCAAAGUCUGUGA